AAGCUGCAAAUAAGAUAGAUGCAAUUUAUUAUUAUAUCAGUGCUAAAAGCUGCAAAUAAGAUAGAUGCAAAUUCAAUGGACGUUCAAGUGGUAACCGUUUAUCCUGGUGAUAUCGAAAGUUGGAUUGACCGGUUUUCAGAAGAUAUCGAGUUUGAGGAUAUUAGUCAAAAUAACAAAACGAUCGGAACUGGAAUAGAACACAUGUAUCACUCUAAUCAAUCAAAAACAAAUAGUGAUUGUGUAAAAAUUUCGCGUGCGAAAAAAGUUCAAUUGAUUUUUUCGGAGAACAUAAAUGAAUUUAUCAAACAAAACAGUAAUAGCAUUUAUGAUGUAUUUGAAAAUGCUAUAACAACACAUACAGCUGUGAAGACAUCUUUAGAUCUAGUUACUACGUAUGAAAAAAUAAUUUUAAGCAAUAAUAAUGUAAACACACCCGUUAUUACUCAAACACUUAGUAUUUCCCCAUUUAUUUUAACACCGUCGAGUAGUAUCCCCGAGUGGGUUACUACUAUUAUAUAUCUACUACAGAAAAAGUCCGAAGAGGUAGAAACUCAAGGCAGUGGGUGGGUAUUCAGAGGUGUUGUUUUCUUAGAUAUUAAUACUUUCACGUAUGAUCCAUUAAGGGAUGGCAAUGAAAAAGCCGACCUAGUAGCUCGUGAAGCAGUAAAUAACCCUCUAACCGAGAUACGCACAUACUCCUCACUCAUUGACAUUCAUAGGAAUGUAAGCACCUUUUGUACAAAUGUAUGGGAAUCCGAAUGGCGGCGUACACCUAAUAAUAAACUAAGGGAAAUAAAAAAUACUACAGAAUACUGGCCCAAACCUCAUACAUCAAAUCGCAAAGACGAAGUAGUUAUCAACAGAUUACGUAUUGACCACUCAAAGAUGUCUCAUGGUCAUCUUAUGUGCAGAGAAGAUCCUGCAAUGUGCCAAACCUGCGGAGAACCUCUCACAGUCAAGCACCUCCUUAUCCAAUGUCGUGACCAUGUAGAUGCCAGGAAAAGAUUGGAAAUGCCUGAUAACCUUUUUGAAGCCCUCAGCCCAACCCACGACAACACCAUCAAAAUAAUCGCAUUUCUUAAACAAAUCGAUAUGUAA